AUAACACCAUACAAUUUUUACGCAUAAUCACACUGUCUUCUCUUUGACUUUUUUUGUGCAUUUGUAUUUCAAUUCUUACGUUCGAUUUUCAUCUCAAAAUGUCAGGCAAACGUAUUGCUCAAUCCAGCGUAAACUGGGCCGCGAUUGCUGAACGUAUACCAGAAACCGAAAGAGCGUCUUAUUUGGCCUUCAAGUCCAAGUCUGAUGUAUACCUUCGCAAAAUGUUGACUUUACCAGCUGAACCUCUAAAAAUCGAUUGGGCGCUGUACAAAAGUAAAGUUGCUCUACCCGGUCUAGUUGAAAACUUUGAAAAAUUGUAUGGGGCAGUUAAAAUCCCAUACCCUGAAGACAAAUAUACUGUGGCUAUUGAUAAUCAUGAAAAGGAAAUUGUAAAAGGCAUUGAACAGUUUAAAAUUGAAUCGGAGAAAAUAAUUAAACAAGCAGAAAAUAGGGUUGAAGUAAUUAGUAAAAUGCUGCCAUACAGUCAAAUGACAUAUGAAGAUGCUGCUUACAUUGAACCCGAGUUAACAUUAGAUUUGGAAAACAAACCAUCAUUCUGGCCUCAUCAAGAUAUUGAUUACGUAUUUGAUGAACCAGAGGAAGAAAAUGCAAAAAUUGAAGAACAAAAAAAAAUUGAUGCUGCUCAUUAAGUAAAGAAUAUUUCAUAGUUUUCAAUUAAAUAUUUUACUCUGGUUUUCCAAUAAACUUAUAGAAACACAUUUAUAUAUUAUAAAUUAAUGAUUAAAUUUGUA